AUGUACAGAGUUCGUAGGCAACACUCUUUGCAAGUCAGUCAUCAGAAGGAGCAUAUUUCUGCGAUGGUUUCGAGGCUACCGGAUUUUUCCUCGUACGAGCGACACGAACUGGUUGUGGAUGCAGGAAGUAACAAGGAAAAUAGUCACCCGCAUUCCAUGGCACUCAGAUUCAAGCAGCUCUCUAUAGGUAACUCCAGCAGUCAUCUUGACGUGGAGUCAGCUCACCGGUCAGAGGAUGUUCGUGCAAAGACAAACAUUUUUUGUAGCACUCCUGGACCAGACUGUCAAUUUGGUAACAGCCCUACGGCUAUCCGUCGAAGGCGUGUCGUCCGUAUCGCUUCACUGGAAAACCUUCCGGCCACUCCAAUACCAUUCCAAGAGCAAAUCAGUCCGGUUGCUAGUCCACCGAAGGGUGCGAAUCGAAGUCUAACAACACAGACUCCAUUGUCUUCCGCUACCGGUUGGUUUGAGCCACAAGCCGCCAAAGAUGUUAAAGGUGAACCGACCGAAAAAGAGGUUGCUUUGGCCGUGCGUCCAUCAGUUAUUCUCUCAAAAGGUGGAAAAAAGUCUGACGCCUUCCUGAAACGACUGACGCGGCACUUUCGGAUCGACAACAUGAUUUUGAAUCAGUCUUAUUGGGAAGUGUACGAAGCUGGAGACGCUCGAGCCACGUUGCUGAAACUAUGCAAACAAACAGACAGCUACAAAAAGUUUGCUGAUGUAUUCACCGCCCAUCGUCGCAAACAAACAAUACGGAAACUCGGUGAAGGCUGUUUCGGAGAAGUUUUCCAGUGUACCGCUAACUAUGUUGCUCCAGUUGACCUCCAUUCCACAACAGAAUCGCUGGUGGCCAUCAAAGUUAUUCCGAUUGAAGGUAGCGUUCGGUUCAACGGAGACUGUCAGAAGACGUUCAAUGAAGUUGUCUCGGAGGUCAUAGUUUCCAAGGAACUGACAGCUCUCAGCCUUGGACUGACCAACCGUACAGACAGCUUUGUUCAGUUACAAAAGUUGCACCUCGUUCAAGGCCGUUUCCCAUCCUAUCUAACCAAAGCCUGGGAUCAGUUUGACCGUGAACGAAAGUCUGAAAAUGAUCACCCACGCAUUUUCCCAGCCGAUCAACUGUGGCUGCUCGCUGAAUAUGCUUUUGGUGGAUCUGCCCUCGAAGACAAUAUGCCAAGUUGUCCCGCGGCACGUCUGGGUAUUCUACUUCAGGUCGGAUUUGCUUUGGCUGUUGCGGAAGCCGAGCUGAAAUUCGAACACCGUGACCUACAUUGGGGUAAUGUACUCAUCCGACAGACAGUUGGGGAAUCCAGCUCAACAGGUGGUCACAAUCGGUGUAUCAGCUGCGCCCGCACAGAAAAUGGUCCCGUGGAGGUUGUGAAAUUUCGUCUGAAUGAUCGAUCUUACGAGGUCCCCUCUUAUGGUUUUGCUGCGGUGAUUAUCGACUUCACACUAUCCAGACUUGAGCAAGACGGUGGAUUGGUCUAUGUGAACUUGGCUGCAGAUCCGGCAUUGUUCGAAUCCCAAGGCGAUUACCAAUUCGACGUCUACCGUCUCAUGCGCAAGCACAAUAAAGAUCAAUGGGAGCGAUUUCACCCUAGGACAAAUGUUUUUUGGCUCCACUAUUUGGCUACCAAGUUGCUCCCCGAGAGCACCACACCUGUAGCAUGCCAUCACGACGCUUUCGUGCAACGGUUGACAGACUUGGAACGCAGUCUCAGCACAGAUCAAUGGGAGCGAUUUCACCCUAGGACAAAUGUUUUUUGGCUCCACUAUUUGGCUACCAAGUUGCUGCCCGAGAGCACCACACCUGUAGCAUGCCAUCACGACGCUUUCGUGCAACGGUUGACAGACUUGGAACGCAGUCUCAGCACGUUUGGUUUCGAAUCAGCAUGUGAUCUGGUUCGACGACAUGUGGCGUUCAACUCAUGUUGUUGUGAAUAACUGGAUGUCUGUCGUGUUUCCCCCCUGUCCCUGUACAUACAUACCAGGCUUCAGGUGUU